ACUCUUAAAUAAUGUAUUGAAGAUUUACUAAUUAGUUUGACAAAUGUGACAUUUUUUAUUUUUCGUCUAAAUGAAAUUUAAAAUAAAUUAAUAAUACUAGAUAAAGCGAUUUGAUGAAUAAGAAAUAAUUAAAAAAUAAAAUAAGUAAAGUAUAUCUAUCCAAAUGUCUAUAAAUUACAUUCCUCGGGUGACACAGUUGGAUGCUGUUCAACUAGAUGUACAGGUGGAGGAAUUAUUUAAACAGUUAUUGUUUGAAGCCACUAGGUAUUUGGAGCCUGGGUUUCUUCAACCAAUUCUUCCAGAACUUGAACUUGUUAUAAGAACAUGGAUAUUCAGAUAUUCAUUUUACAAGAAGAAUUGCACAUUUGGUCAGGAGAUGUUAUCAUUGAAAUACAAAACUGACAAUAUAUCACGAAGUAAAUUAUACUGGUAUUAUGGUUUUACAAUUGGUUUAAAGUAUAUCAAAGAGAGAGCCAUGUACAGUUGGACAUCAAACCAAAAAGUACAGAACUUUGUGUAUAAAAUUGAAACAUUCCAAUUAAUAAGUGAUAUUUUAAAUUUUCUUCGAUUUAUACAACAUGGAAAGUAUCCUGUAUUAAUAGAUUUUAUACUAGGUCUUGAAUUAACAGCAGACAAAUUAACAAGAGAAGAUCUCACAGACUUCUCAUGGACUCGAGAAUUAUUGUGGCAUAAUUUUAUAGAAUUAAUAGGCACAGUAAUAUCACUUAUGAAUAUGUUUGGAUUGAGAAAGAAAUUGACCACUGUUUUGAAAUAUAUGUGGUGGCGAAAUUAUACCCGCACUUCGGGUUCUCCUACCAGUGCUACUAUGACACAAAACACAGUAUGUGCAUGUUGCACAAAUAAGCCAGUGUUGCCACAUACAAUGGGAUGUUCACACAUUUUUUGCUAUUAUUGCUUAAUGGCUAACAAGACAGCAGAUCCAGACUAUGCCUGUCCAAAGUGUUACUACAAUGGAAAGCAAGUAAACAAAUUUGUUGUGGUGUAAUUAAAAGUAAUUUUAAUAAUUGUAUAUUAUGGGAAAUGUUGGAUGGGUAUAUAUAAAGCCAUAAUGGUGCUGUGAUUUAAAUGAUUGUUAUAUUUAUUAUUAGUUAAUAAUUGUUAAUUCCAGGAACUUGUUAUUUUUAUAAAUGUUUAAAUAAAUAUUACAAAAUUGU